CUGUCCAUAUAGGAUUUGUUUAUUGUAAGGCAAACAUGCUUAAAUCGAGAGUUCUUUGUUUAAAACCACACAGAAGAUGCCUAUCAUAUUUUUCAAACGCCUUCAACAAUUUGGCAAAUCAAGGCCUGCCGAUAUUGCAGAAUGCUAACGAAAGAAAAUCUGAUGCUAAGCAUUUGGAUUUGGAUGCAUUUGUUAAUCGAGACCAAAAACAAAUGGAUUUCUUGGACAAACUAGUCAAGCUUAGGAAACAGAAAGAGUCCACAUCUGUGCCGCUUCUACCAAACUUAGUGGUCAAGCAGCUAAUGGACUACAAUGGACCACAAGAAGCUAUUCCCGUGCUGCAGAACCCCCUGCAGUAUGGCAUAUUCAUUGAUCAGUUCACCGGAUGCCAUUUAAUCGAUCUGCUAAUACACAAUGGCAGCGAUCGGGAAGCGGCACAAGUCGCAGCUCUUCUCAUCGAACGCAACUUAUGUAACAACGAACUCGUCGCUUCACUCGCCUUUCAAUCUUUCUACGCAUUUCUCAAGAGCUUCCAACCCAAAGUGGUUGAAAAAGUGGAUCAGUCAACGGAAGUGGAGAAAGUGCGUGUUAAAUUUCUGCGCAACUACGUCGAAAAUGAAAAUACCAAAACGGAAGAUCAGUUACUGGGUGAAGCCAUGAUAAAGUUAGCUGCUAGUACAAUUCAAGCUGAUCUGAAGGACUUUGGACAAAAUAUUGCAUUACUUGGCUACGUACUUAGUGGACGCAUUGGUGAAGCUGAAGAGUGUCUAAGCCUCCAUAAGGACACAUUCUAUAAGGGCAUUCUGGAACUCGGUCGCAAGCUGAUAGACAGUUUAAGCGAAGAAAAACCUACAGAGUUCAUCAGUCUAUUGGAUCAAGCAAUCAGCGAAUGUAAACGAUCCGAUUCAUUUGAUGAGAAAUUAAAUGCCCGUGUUAAGCUCAGUGCAGAAAGUGCGGAGCCCCAGCUUAUGUCGGAGUACUCCAAAAGCUUCAAGGAGUGGGAGACAGGUUAUCAACGCGCCCUUGAAGAGCAACAGAAAAUCCAGAAUAUACAUGAACGUGUGGAGCAGAUUGAAAGUACAUUGAGCGCGUUGCAGACGAUGCGUCAAAGUCUUUGGUACUUUGAGAACAAGGAAGACAUUGAUAUACAAAUCUACAAGAAGAAGGUCUACUAUCCUAAGCGUUGGUUCGGCAAGAAGAAGAAGCCCAAGACAGUGGAUGCAUUCUAUGUACCCCCAACAAUUUCGCGAGGCAAUUGAUUGCCCUUAUGUUAUGUUCUGUAUGCUAAAAACAAAUGCAGUCCAGUUUUUACGAUUUAAUUAAACUACUGGAAAGUUGAUCAAAA